CCCGUACACGCUGUCGGCGUUUGUUUUGUUUUUUUUUAUUUAAAGAGAUUUCUCUAUUAUGAGCUCCAAACGACCGCAGAACGAGAGCGGUGAGACAGGAGGGAAGAAGAAAAAGAGGAGCAGCAAGGAGACCGUGGAGCUCUGUGGGGCUGUGGAGGAGGAAGAGGUGAAGGGAGCAGUGAAGGAGGCAUGGAGGAGCAGGGUCCACUACAGCAAAGGGGACCUGCAGUUGGACUGCCAUCCUUUCCCUCACUGCAUAAUCAAGAACUUCCUCAGGAGCCAAACCUUUGUUGAAAGCCUACAAAGAGAGCUGCUGGAACUCAACUUCAAUGAAAAGUCAAAUGAUCUGUACAAGUUUAAACAGUCAGAUGAUCUGAAGAAGAGAAAGGAGCCACACAUUGCAGCAGUGAGGGGGGCCCUGUUUGGGCGUUUCCGCUCUUGGCUCGGGGAUGUCCUGGGCGUCGAGCUGGAGCCCACUGUGGAUAUUUCUUGUGCUAAAUAUGAAUAUACAGAUGUUCUUUUGUGCCAUGAUGAUGAGCUGGAGGGGAGGAGGGUCGCUUUCAUUCUGUAUCUUGUGCCUCCAUGGCAGAGCAGUGAUGGUGGCACCCUGGAUCUGUACUCCACAGACAGUAAUUUCCAGCCAGAGAGAAUAGUGAAGUCCCUCGUACCUUCUUGGAACACCCUUGUACUGUUCGAGGUGUCUCCAGUAUCUUUUCACCAGGUUUCUGAAGUUUUAUCACGAGACAAGUGCCGUCUCUCCCUGAGCGGCUGGUUUCACGGACCUUCUUUGGAGCGUCCUCCUCGUUUUAAGGAGCCAUCCAUCGUGAAGCAUCCUCACUUACCGAGAGAUGAAGCUGUCCUGUUUGAGUGGAUCAAUCCCCUGUACUUGGAUAUUUCUCAUCAAGAGCAGAUUCAAACAGAGUUUGAAGACAGCUCUGAAAUACAGCUGAAAGAUUUUUUAAAGGAGGAGAAAUUCAGGGAAGUGAGGGAAGCUCUGCGACAGAGUCGCAUUGAGUGGAUGAAGAGAGGUCCGGCUAAUAAAAGGUGCUAUGAAUCAGCAUCUCUGGACUCUCUGCCUGAGUGUGUAAACGAGUGCUGGGAGCUGCUUCGCUCGGAAGCCUUCUUCUUGCUUCUCUCCAAUUUUACUGGCCUCCAUCUGCACUACUUGUGUCCGGCAGAUGAGGAGGACGAAGAGACGGAAAAGAAGCACGAUAACGAAGAGGAAGAGGUUGCAGGAACAUCAGCUGAAUCAUCCACAGCUGGAGCGUCCAAUGGAGGGAAAAAGCUGAGCACGCCCGUGUGUUGUGGAGAAGUGCGUCGCUGGUCUCAUGGCAGUUACACUUUGUUGCAUGAUGCUGAAGCUGCACAGGCAGAGUACGCUCUGGACCUAAUCCUGCCCUUUGGUUGCACAGAGUGGGAGACAGAGUUUGGGGGUUCAACAUGUUAUGUUGCCAAUGAGGAGGAUGAGGAGCUUCUGACUGUGUAUCCAGAGGAAAACUCCCUCGCUCUUGUCUACAGGGACAAAGAAACACUCAAAUUCGUCAAGCAUGUCAACCACAGAAGCUCCCAUGUGGACGGUUCCACCUGUAGGGAGUUUUAUGACUUUUCUUUUGUCUACUAUGAAUAAAAAUAUA